GCGCCCGCUCCCGCCCGGGGAUAGUCCGGGCCGGGUUUUGCGCCGGGUCCCCGGGCUCGUCUCACGGCCUCCAGCCGCCGCCGCUGCCGUGUUUACUGAGCUCGCGCGUCCUGAUAUCACUCCGCUGGCAUGGAGGAGGAGGUGGAGGAGCGCGAGGAGGAGGAGGAGGCGGCGGCGGCGGCGAGCAGUUGAUCAUUGUGAUGGUGGCGGAGGCGGCGGCGGCAGCGGCAGCCUGGCCGAGCGUUAGUGGCUGCUCUCCGCGCGGCGUUUCGCAAAGGACUUCAGCGAUCUACUUUUGCAGUCGUCUCGGACUGUCCAUGUGUUUACUUGCCCCAGCCCGAGGACUCGAUGUCUAGGCUCCUGUGAAAUGCAACUGAGCAGCCAAAGUACUUUGAGAACACGGGGCGGCAUAAACACCAAAACUUUUUUGUGGAAGGAAAAUGCAAUAAGCAAGCUCGCCGUUUUCCGAUGCGGCGUGGAGUGAGUGUGUGUCGCGCGUGUCCGCACUGGAGGCACACGCUCGUGUGUGUACAUGGGGUGUGUUUUUCGGUACGUAGGGAGAAAAUGCUUGCCAACCACCGGAAACCUCCUGGAAUUUAUUAGAAAAUAAUGGAUUAUUAAAAGGAGGCAGGCGAGGAGCGGAUCUCCCCUUGAGUUGCAAGCCGAGCUGCUGCCGGUUCAGUUUGUUGGGAUUCUAUUUGUUGAUAGGUGUCUGAUGGUAUUCCGAUAACACCCCUCUUUUCUCCCUUCGAUCUUUACAGUUUUUUAAGGAAACAAAAACACCCCAAAAUUUCUCCCCCGCUUUUUUCGCCCCGUGGGGAAUCGCUGUUUUCAUCCAUGUGCUUGCGUCUCCCCCGCGUUCCACUUAAACUAUUUUAAUCCUUGGACCCAAGGAGGAGGCUGAUAGGGGGGUGGAUUAAAAAAAAAGUUCUUCCAAAAUAGUGUGCCCCGGGAGCAGGAUGGGGGAUUUCGCAGCCCCCACUGCUGCCGCGAAUGGUAGUAGUAUCUGCAUCAACAGCAGCCUGAGCAGCAGCCUCGGCGGGGCUGGGAUCGGCGUGAAUACUCCCAAUAGCACUCCGGCUGCUCCGAGUGGCAAUCACCCUGCUACCGGAGGCUGCGGCGGCUCCGGGGGCCCCGGUGGCGGCUCGGCGGCCGUCCCCAAGCACAGCACGGUAGUCGAGCGGCUCCGCCAGCGCAUCGAGGGCUGCCGGCGGCACCACGUCAACUGCGAGAACAGGUAUCAGCAGGCUCAGGUGGAGCAGCUGGAGCUGGAGCGCCGGGACACUGUGAGCCUCUAUCAGAGGACCCUGGAGCAGAGAGCCAAGAAAUCGGGCGCAGGCACCGGCAAACAGCAGCACCCGAGCAAAGCCCAGCAAGAUGCGGAGGCUGCCUCGGCCGAGCAGAGGAACCACACGCUGAUCAUGCUCCAAGAGACUGUGAAAAGGAAGUUGGAAGGGGCCCGGUCGCCACUUAAUGGGGACCAACAGAAUGGUGCUUGCGACGGGAGCUUCUCGCCAACCAGCAAGCGCAUCCGGAAGGACCUCGCCACGGGGAUGGAAGCCAUCAACAACAUGCCGCUGCCUUCGGCUUCUCCUCUUCACCAACUCGACCUCAAGCCUUCUUUGCCCCUGCAGAACAGCGCUGCUCACGCUCCUGGGCUCCUAGAAGAUCUGAGUAAGAAUGGCAGGCUCCCCGAGAUUAAACUCCCCGUCAAUGGCUGUGGGGAUUUGGAGGACAGCUUUGCCCUCUUGCAGAGCAAAGACCUCAAACAGGAGCCUCUUGAUGACCCUGCCUGCAUAGACACGUCGGAAACAUCCCUUUCUAACCAGAACAAGCUGUUCUCCGACAUUAACCUGAAUGACCAAGAGUGGCAAGAACUCAUCGACGAACUGGCCAACACGGUCCCAGAAGAUGACAUCCAGGACCUGUUCAAUGAGGACUUUGAAGAGAAGAAGGAGCAGGAAUUCUCCCAGGCGACCAUGGAGACCCCGCUCUCCCAGGAGAGUGCGAGUGUGAAGAGCGAUGCGUCUCAGUCUCCUUUUGCCCACGUCUCUCUGGGAUCGCCCCAGGCCAGACCCUCAUCUUCUGGUCCUCCUUUUCCUACUGUCUCCACAGGCACUAGCUUACCGUCUGUGGCCAACACUCCCGUGGCUCCAAACCCCGCCGGCUCACCGGCUAACUGUGCUGUCCAGUCUCCCCAGACUCCAACCCAAGCCCACACUCCAGGCCAAGCCCCGGCUCGGCCUGGCAAUGGCUAUCUCCUUAAUGCAGUUUCCGUGGCAGUAUCUGGUUCGGGGUCAGGCUCGGUGGCAGUGCCCAGCUCUGACAUGUCCCCAGCAGAGCAGCUCAAACAGAUGGCUGCGCAGCAACAGCAGCGGGCCAAACUCAUGCAGCAGAAACAGCAGCACUCAAAUCAGACUUCCAGCUGGUCUCCCCUGGGGCCUCCAUCAAGUCCGUAUGGAGCAGCUUUCACUUCAGAAAAACCAAAUAGCCCAAUGAUGUACCCCCAAGCCUUUAACAACCAAAACACUAUCGUGCCUGCAAUGGCAAACAGCCUGCAGAAGACCACCAUGAACAACUACCUCCCUUCCAAUCACAUGAAUAUGAUCAGUCAGCAGCCAAAUAACUUGGGUACAAACUCCUUAAACAAACAGCACAAUAUUCUAACCUACGGCAACACUAAGCCUCUGACCCAUUUCAAUGCGGACUUGAGUCCGAGAAUGACGCCGCCCAUGGCCAACCCCAGCAAAACCCCCCUGAUGCCGUACGUGCAGCAGCAGCCGCCUCCGCAACCUCAGCCGCCCCAGGCUCAGCCGCCCCAGCAGCAGCCUCCGCCUCCUCCACCGCAGCUGCAGGCUCCCAGGGCGCACCUGAGCGAGGACCAGAAACGCAUGCUUCUCAUUAAGCAGAAAGGAGUGAUGAACCCACCUAUGGCCUAUGCAGCGCUUCCUGCCCAUGGUCAGGUGAGUGAGAAGGGGGGCACACUGGGAGCCGGUCUCACUUGCCUGCCGGGCUGUCCCGAGUGUAUGAUGGGCGCCGGGCUUGGCCCGGAGUAG